AUGGGGGUCUUUUCCUUUCUCAAACAGGUCUACCACCUCGACACCCUCGACACGCGCUUCACCUCGUCCUCGUCGGUGCCGUACAAGAGCGUCAUUGAGGCACGCGGUGACCCGGCCGCGCAGCGCGCCGACGCAGCGGCCAAGGCGCAGAGCCGCACCCAGCUCUCCAAGUGGAACACGCCCGAGUUUUACCUCUACUAUGUCGUGAUUAUCCUGGCGGUCCCAUACAUGUUCUGGAUCGCCUACAAUGUCUCAAGGCCGUCCGAUCCCCGAUAUCACAAGUUUGAAAAGUUUCUAUCUGAUGGUUGGAUCCCCGGCCGAAAGAUUGACGUGUCCGAUUCGCAAUACUCCAUGUUCCGCGAAACGCUGCCGUACAUGGCCGCGCUGCUGACCCUUCACCCGCUCCUGCGGCGGGUCUGGAACGCUGUCUGGCCCGUCAACGCCAAGAAGCCCCUCGUUUCGGCGCACAUGGAACAGCGCUUGUCCUUUGAUUACGCCUUUGCCUUUGUGUUUCUGCUUGCACUGCACGGCGUGUCGGCGCUCAAGGUCUUUGGCAUCCUGUACGCCAACUACCAGGUGGCGACCAAGCUCCCCAGGCGGUACGUGCCCGCCGCGACGUGGAUCUUCAAUAUCGGCACGCUCUUUGCCAACGAAAUUUUCAACGGCUACCCGCUGCGCAAAGCCGCGGGCCUGCUCUCGCCGCCGGUGCUAGCGGGCGUCGGCCUCAACGCGGUGGACUCGCCGCUGAUGGAAUGGGGGACAUGGCUGGACAGCUUCGGGGGCGUCGUCGCACGAUGGGAGAUUCUCUUCAACAUUACCGUGCUGCGACUGAUUAGCUUCAACUUGGACUACUACUGGAGCCGUGAUAAGAACCAAGCUGGUAUAUUCGAGAAGAAGCAGCUCGACCCCGCAAACUUGUCUGAAAAGGACAGAAUAUCGAUUCCUGCUGAUGUGAACGACUACUCGUUCCGAAAUUACGUGGCUUAUGCCAUCUAUGCGCCGCUGUACCUGACCGGCCCGAUCAUGACGUUCAACGAUUACAUUUCACAGGCCAAGUACCGGCCCUCCAGCAUUGAGAAGCCGCGGACAAUCCGCUACGGUGUGCGCUUCCUGCUGGUUCUCCUGGCCAUGGAAGUAAUACUGCACUACGACUACGUGGGAGCUAUUAGCAAGGCCAGCCCUGUCUGGAGCGAUUACACCGCCGCACAGCUUAGUCUGCUGUCGUUCUUCAACCUCCAUCUAAUAUGGCUCAAGCUUCUGCUCCCGUGGCGGCUCGCGCGCCUGUGGGCGCUGGUUGACGGCAUCGACCCCCCGGAGAACAUGACGCGCUGCGUCAGCAACAACUACAGCACGCAGCAGUUUUGGCGCGCCUGGCACCGCUCGUACAGCCGGUGGCUCGUUCGCUACCUCUUUGUGCCCCUUGGUGGCUCGUCCUUCCGCAAUUGGCGAGCCAUUGCGCGGUCGAUCAUCACGUAUAUCUGCGUCUUCACCUUUGUCGCGCUGUGGCACGACAUUCAGCUGCGGCUGCUGAUCUGGGGUUGGCUCAUUGUGCUAUUCAUGCUGCCAGAAUUUGCAGCGGCGGCGCUAUUUCCUAAGAGGAAGUGGGAGAGCCGCCCGACAGAGUACCGCAUGCUCUGCUGUUUCGGCGCCGUCUUUAAUGUGCUGAUGAUGAUUACGGCAAAUGUGGUUGGCUUUGCUGUAGGACUGGACGGCCUGGAAAGCAUCAUCAGGAGCAUCUUGCAUGACUGGUCUGGCUUCCUUUUCUUGGUGACGGCAUGCUCUGCCCUCUUCGUUGGCAUACAAGUAAUGUUUGAGAUUCGUGAAACUGAGAAGCGCCAGGGUAUAACACUGAGAUGUUGA